AUGCUGCGAUACUGGCUUUGUUUCGCCAGCGCGGUCUACCUCGCGGGCCACUGCGGUGCCAACUACUGCAGGGACGCCAACCUCUGCUGUCCAGGGCGGGACAGCUCCUGCGUGGUGCAGAAGGCGCAUCAGAACGCGAUCAUAGACGAUAUAAGCGACAAGCCGUGCUACUGCGACCACGCGUGCCUUAAACUCGGGGACUGCUGUCCCGACUUCAGGGAGACUUGUGGUGUGACGGACUGCGUGGUGUCUGAGUGGGGACCUUGGUCGGAGUGCGACACCAACUGCGGCUCCGGCAGCAUGGAGCGGAGCCGCCGGAUAGUCCAGGCGCCCGCCCACGGAGGCAGGCACUGCCCGUCGCUGGUGCAACGCCGCGCCUGCCAGGCGCACCAGGGCUGCGCGCCCGACAGCGAUAUACCGUUGCGAGAGGAAUCUGCAAUGAUCCUGCCCGGCUCCCUGUCUGUCAGUCGCCACUCCAACGAGACAGUGGACAUCAGGAAGAACUUAAGGCUGCGAAACCCUGACGACCCCGAGUCAAAUUCGCAUAGAGAAUACUGCGUGCAAUUUGAGGUCAGCAAGGUGUCGAAGGCAUGCCAUAUCGAUUCAGAUUACAAGGCUCUCCGCGAAGGUGGCACAGUGUGCGUAAUGUGUGAGGCGGCGGCGCUACGGCGCGACCUCAAGUGGCGCUGCGGCGGCCACGGCGUGCCCGGCCACGCUACGAGGUUCUACGCGCUCGUAGCACCCCACUGCCACGGCAAAUGGAUUCGAACCCAGCACAACCUCGACAAGAAGGGCGACUGCUGCGCCAGCCCCGACUUCAUUUUCGUC